CACAGUAAUGAUUCCCACACUGACAGAGGGACAGCAGGCCACACUGACCUGCACUGCUCCUGGUCUCUGCUCUGGAUCUGUUCCUCAAAUCACCUGGACAUGGAGAGGAGCAGGAGGGACUGAAUCUUACAUUACAGGAAACAGCACUGCUUUCAAGACUGAGAGUCUGACUGAUGUAACACAGAGACAUGUCUCAACUUUGACCUUUAACCCUUCAGCUGAACACCACAACACCAAUGUCACCUGUAAAAUCCACUUCACAGGUGAAAUGACUACAGAAAAGACUUCAGGUUUGAAAGUAAACUAUGUGAAGGAGGUUAACAUCACUGGUGUUACAACUGUCAGGGACAGUGAGGCUCUGAAUCUGACCUGCAAUGUUCACAGUUUCCCUCCAUCUCUGAUUAUUUGGUCUAAACUUGGUUCCAAUGAAAAGCUUCACACUGACCCUGGAUCAGCCAAUCUUGUCAUCACCAAUGUAACAGCAGGAGAUGCUGGACAGUACGUCUGCACAGCUAAAUAUAUGAACAAAAGACUGAAGGACAAAGUCAACGUCACAGUGAUAUGUGAGUACACAGCUUUGGACAGAAUAUAUUUCUAG